AUUGGACUUUAUAGGUGGACGAUACGAAUCCCUGCUUACCACAUACACAGUCCAAUAUCUCUGUCUCUCUCUGUCUCUCCAUAUGGAGAACAAUGGUAAGGAGCCACUUCUUUCCCCCAGAGAAGAAAACCAAGCAACAGACCGCCAGCAGUCCCAAGACUACCUUCGGAGACCAUCAAACCUUUCUUUCGCUUCAUCCUUCGUAGCAGAUGCCGACGACAUCGCUCCGAUCACCGGAGUUCGAGAUUUCUUCAGAGAAUUCUGGGUCGAGUCCAGAAAGCUCUGGUACCUCGCCGGUCCGGCCAUCUUCACUUCCAUUUGCCAAUACUCCCUCGGCGCCAUCACUCAAACCUUCGCCGGCCAUGUUGGUACUCUUGAACUCGCUGCCGUCUCCAUCGAAAACUCCGUCAUUGCCGGAUUCUCCUUCGGCAUCAUGCUUGGCAUGGGAAGUGCACUAGAGACGCUAUGUGGACAAGCAUACGGAGCUGGGCAGUUAGAUAUGUUAGGGGUAUACAUGCAGAGAUCAUGGGUUAUACUCAACAGCACAGCCUUUAUACUCAUGUUCUUCUAUAUCUUCGCGACGCCAUUAUUGAAGCUCAUCGGGCAGACGGAGGAGAUAUCGAACGCGGCAGGGCAGCUGGCGGUGUGGAUGAUACCACAGCUCUAUGCCUACGCCGUCAAUUUUCCGAUCGCAAAGUUUCUGCAGGCACAGAGCAAGAUUAUGGCGAUGGCGUGGAUAUCGGCGGUGGGUUUUGUGCUGCACACUUUUUUCAGCUGGUUGUUGAUGCUGAAAUUGGGGUUGGGACUUGGCGGCGGAGCGGUGGUGCUGAAUGCGUCUUGGUGGUUCAUAGUGUUGGCGCAAAUGGUUUAUAUUUUUAGUGGGACAUGUGGUCGAGCUUGGUCUGGGUUUUCCUGGAAGGCCUUUCACAAUCUUUGGGGUUUUGUCAAGUUGUCCCUGGCUUCAGCUGUGAUGCUUUGCUUAGAAACGUGGUAUUUUAUGGCUUUGGUCCUUUUUGCUGGAUAUUUGAAGAAUGCACAAGUAGCUGUGGAUGCACUGUCCAUAUGCACAAACAUAGUGGGCUGGGGAGUGAUGGUAGCCAUUGGAUGCAAUGCAGCUAUAAGUGUAAGGGUAUCAAAUGAACUAGGGGCGGCGCACCCAAGAACGGCGAAAUUUUCAGUUGCAGUGGUGGUGAUUUCUUCAUUUUUCAUCGGUCUCUUGCUCUCCCUCAUUCUCAUCAUCUUCCGAAAGCAGUAUCCAUCCCUAUUUUCUGACAGUGAAGAAGUCAAAAACCUUGUGUAUACCCUCACGCCAUUGCUAGCGCUAUGCGUUGUCAUCAACAAUAUUCAACCAGCUCUCUCAGGGGUGGCUAUUGGAGCUGGGUGGCAAGCUGUUGUUGCCUAUGUGAAUAUUGGAUGCUACUAUAUAUUUGGUAUUCCUUUGGGUCUUUUAAUGGGUUACAAACUCGACAUGGGCGUUAUUGGUAUCUGGUCCGGCAUGUUAACAGGGACAGUGAUACAAACCCUAAUCCUGUUUUGGAUAGUUUAUAGAACCAACUGGAAUAAAGAGGCUUCUAUUGCUGGACAGAGAAUCAAACACUGGGGAGGGGACCCAGAUGCUAAACAAAAUGAUUUAGAGAAAUAAGCCAUCCCCAAGCAAGGAGAGGAUCCGGAUUCGUUCUGAUUUUUUUCCUUUAAAUUUUGUUGCUUAAUAUAUCAGGUAUGUAUAAUAAUCAUAUACAAUAUAGGAAAAUGCUAUGCUUAUCAAAAAAAUUUAUCAAAUCUUGCAUACUAAAUGAUGUUGAACAAUCUUCCUCGUUGAAUAUUAAUGAAAUUUAUUUAUUUGAUGGUGAAAAAUUGUGUCAUAUCAUUUGGGAUAGAAAUUUAGUAAAAAAAAUUGAUAAGCAUAGUAUUACCCUAUAAUAUAUCGCACGCAAGUUCGUGAGUGCAUAAAAACAAUCAAUCACAUCCAUGAGUUUACACGAUGAAUGAUUGAAUGAGUAAUUAGUAGGCUUGUCAAUCAUAUUAAUCGAGUGAAGUGGUUUCAUAUCGUGUCGUAAUGAGUUUAUGUCAAAUAAUAUUUUAUUUAUAUUUGAUUCUUUAAUUAAUUCAGGUCUAACAAGUUAUGUGA